GUUGCAGUUGCACACGUCAAACAUGGCAACAAAUGGACGUUACGACGUCAAAACGUCCAAAUGGGCCACAGGCUGACAUUGUGACGCACAACGAGCGCCGGGAACAUUUCAAAAAAGAGGAAAUGUCACAAUACUGGAUGACUUUAAUCGCCGAUUUGGAUCAACGAAUGACCUCACAGCCGCUAUCUUGGACGGAUCUCAGGGAGACCGUGGAGUUCUUUCCUGUGGACCUCCGGGACGUGCAGAGAGCGUGCUGAUAGCAAGACCAGCGAGACCAGGGAGGGAGGGGGAGUCAGGAGGAGGAGGAGGAGGAGGAGGGUAUCUUCUCGUAGCCUCGGCGUUUGGCUGGAGGGUGGAGACUGGGAGCGGCGGCGAGGACGGGAGGACAGGGAGGAUCUCAGCCAGAGCGGGGACGGUGUGGAUGUCGUCCUGAAACUUCCUGAUUUCGUCUCUACCAGACUGGAUCCGGAGGGGGGGGAAGAAAAAAGAAAAAAAAAAGACUCCCGAUUAACCAGCAGGAAAGCGGGCGCGGCUUGAAGCGCUGAGCGAGCUGCAGACAACGAGUCCGAGUGCGGCGGCGUGAGGAGACCAGACACGACCAAGAGUGCCCAAUGGCGAGCAAUAACACAGCCAGCAUCGCACAAGCCAGGAAGCUGGUGGAGCAGCUGAAGAUGGAGGCCAACAUCGACAGGAUAAAGGUGUCAAAAGCGGCCGCGGACUUGAUGUCCUACUGCGAAGCUCACGCCAAAGAGGACCCGCUGCUCUCGCCGGUGCCGGCCUCAGAGAACCCGUUCAGGGAGAAGAAGUUCUUCUGCGCCAUCCUGUAAAGACGUGGGACUUGGAAAAAAAUGAUGUAAAAAAACAAACAAAAAAACAACAAAAAAUAGAAAAGAUGUAGAAAUCUUCUAGGAGGAUGGGAGUAAACCAUGGAAGGGGUCGUGGUCGCUUGUUUUUUUCUGAGAGGUGUAGCAUGUUGUAGGUGACCAUGAUGAAGAUGAUGGACAACUCUUCAGGCUGUGAUGUGUACAAAACUAGUUCUAAUGAAAAGUCCUAUUUUGUGGUUUUGUUGAGCUGUUUAAAAGUGUGUGUGCGUGCGUGUGUGUGUGCGUGUGUGUGUGUGUGCGCGUGUGUGUGCGCGUGCUCGACUCCUGACUAAACUAGACGUUACUUGAUUGCUGAAAUUAUUAUUUUGAUCCUUUCAACGCUUUACCCGUCUCUCACUUGGGUUUCUUUCCAUAACUCUUCUGUGUGCUUUUUACCAUUGAUUUUGUUGAAGUUAGUUUCAGCGCUGGGAAAGUAACUCUGUGAACGGCCAUCUCUCUGACCAAUGUGAUCUCGUCUGUCUCUUCUGACACGCAAAAUCUCCUUUCUACUCUUUGUACAAAAAAACGAUACGCAAAGUAAACUGUGAUGUGCUGUAAAGUCUUCCAGAGUGGUGUGUUAUGAGAGUUUUAGGGCCAUUUCCUCUGGGAUUGGUCGAAAGACCCUCACGUGACUGCGACCGACUUGCGGAAAGCUUUUACGUCGCUCUCCCCGCCACCCGGAAAAGAAGACAAGUAUGGGAAGGGAAGGUUCACCAUCGAGCCUGGAGAGCCACCGACUAGUAGCUUGUGCCAGGUAAACACACGACUCAACGUCUGCCUUUUACAAAACACCAAAACCAGUUGUGUAAUUCGCAAAUAAAAACAGAACACAAUGAUUUUCAAAUCCUUUUCAACUUAUAUUCAAUUGAAUAGACUGCAAAGACAAGAUACUUAAUGUUCCAACUGAAAAACGUAUUUUUUUUGUUUCAAAUAAUCAUUAACUUAGAAUUUAAUUGCAAAAAAGUUGCCACAGGGGCAUUUUUACCACUGUGUUACAUGGCCUUUCCUUUUAACAACACUCAGUUAACAUCAGGGAACUGAGAGACCAAUUUUUGAAGCUUUUCAGGUGGAAUUCUUUCCCAUUCUUGCUUGAUGUACAGCUUAAGUGGUUCAACAGUCCGGGGGUCUCCGUUGUGGUAUUUUAGGCUUCAUAACACGCCACACAUUUUCAAUGGGAGACAGCAGGCCAGUCUAGUACCAGCACUCUUUUACUAUGAAGCCAUGUUGAUGUGACAGGUGGCUUGGCAUUGUCUUGCAGAAAUAAGCAGGGGCGUCCAUGAAAAAGACCUUGCUUGGAUGGCAACAUAUGUUGCUCCAAAACCUGUAUGUACCUUUCAGCAAUAAUGCUACUGUGACAGACUCUGGCUGUCGUGCGGGUUCUCAGGAACACCAAGGAAGGACAUUGCUUCGAGCAUGGUUGACUUUAUUUCAUUUUUCAAUAAAACCUCAGUCUCAGGUCGGGUCGCUUUCCAGCUCCUUCCUCUUCCACUGCUCGUUCUCCCGGUCGCUUUUCAGCCGGCCGCGUCUUCUGUGUCUCGCUCUACAUCCACUGCUGGCUCUCCAACUCCUUCUGCCCCUGU